AUGCGAGAUAUUUGGGUCUUCCCCUUCCUCUUCCUCUUCCUCUUCCUCGUCUCUUUCCUGAUCAUCUCAUGCCAUCUUGUAUCUGAUGCUGCUGCUGCUGCUGUUCUCACCACAUCAUCCCAACAUUAUCUAAGCCAUAUCAAUGAAUGCGAUGCUCUGCUUCAGUUCAACAGUUCAUUCACUGUCACAAGAGAUGCCUCCAAAUUCCAAUGCGACACUUCAUAUCCAAAGACAGCCUCGUGGAAGAAUGGCACUGAUUGCUGCUCGUGGGCUGGGGUCACUUGCCACCCAGUAGCAGCAAAUAGAGUGAUCGGGCUCGACCUCAGUUGCAGCCAGCUCAAAGGUACCCUCCAUUCCAACAACACCCUCUUUUUGCUCCCCAAUCUUCGGCGUCUCAACCUUGCCGGUAACGAUUUCUAUGGCUCACUAGGAUUUUUACCCAGGUUCGGUAUCUUUACCAGACUGGCUCAUCUGAAUCUCUCUGAAUCUAACUUCUUCGGGCCCAUUUCUCUAGAAAUUUCUCACCUCUCCCGCCUAAUUACACUCGAUCUCUCGGGCAACUUUUACCUAACCAUAGAAGACCGUAGUUUCAGAUGGCUCACACAUAAUCUCACACAGUUGAGAGAACUUAUUCUUGAUGAUACCGACAUGUCUAGCAUUUCUCCUCUGUCCCUAGCGAACUUCUCUUCUUCCGAUCUGACAUCUUUGAGUCUUAAAAGGUGCAAUCUGAGAGGGAUAGUUCCGAUUGACAUCUUCCAUCUCCCAAACCUCCGCAGUCUCUCUCUUUCAAGUAAUAAUCUCAGGGGCACUCUACCCCAGACAAAAAACUGGACCAGUCCGCUCGUGUACUUGGAUCUAUCAGAGACAAAAUUCAGUGGGUCAAUUCUUGCUUCAGUGGGGAAUCUGACAUCCAUGACCAUUUUGGACCUCAGUUCGGCCCAAUUUUCCGGUUCAAUCCCACUGACACUUGGAAACCUUGUCCACCUUGUCCACCGUGGACUUUGA